GGAGUCACAUUGUCCCUGGCCGCCGCAUCGGCCGCGCGUCGAACAGCGCACGCGCAUUGCAUCUACGACACAGUGACGUCCGAUAAGUCGCUCGACGACAAAAAAAAGACAGCACAUCGUACGCAGUGACGUCCGAUAAGUCGAACGACGAUAAAAAAAACUGCAGUGUGUAAAUACCGUAGGAGCGAAUGGAUAAAGUGAAGUGUGUUCUUGAAGUUUUGUUUACAAUUCAGAUACAUCGAGACAUGUAAAUAAAUAAAGCUGAUAAGAAUGUUAAUGUGGAAAGAAAAGUGACAAAUUAAUAAACAUGUGUAACAGUAAUAAAAUGGGAAGCGGGAAGUGUGAGGUGACUAAUGGCAAUAAAGACAAAGUGAACGCAACAGAGGCUAACAAGACUGAGUUUAGUGUUAAGGAAAAAUGUCGUAAGCUACAGAAAAAACUAAAGAAGACUGAUAAACAGAAGACUGAAUCUAAUUCGAAGGAGAAGACGAUUUGGUGGAAUCAAUGCAGCAGUUUAAGCGAAAUAGACCAGUACCUAUGGAUGGUCGGCGGAUCGGCCGGCGCGCUGGCGCUCACCGGCGUAGCGGCUGCGUCGGCCUUCUACCUCAGCACGCGGCCCAAGCCAGAGAAACCCCUGGUCACACUGCACGAACAGAGCUUACUUGAGCCGGGUCCAGAAAUGGUUCGCGUGUCAAAGUUCUACAAGGAAGCAAAAAACGGGAAAUACCUUCGAUAUCUACACGACGAUACACGCACACUUUUUGAAACUUUUCGUAGAGGAGUUAAGGAAUCAAAUAAUGGCAACUGUCUUGGUUGGCGUGAGGGACCAAAUAAGCCCUAUGUAUGGCAGACGUACAACGAGACCCUGCUGCGUGCGAAAAACUUCGGUUCAGGUCUUAUAUGCCAAGGCCUCACCCCAGGCCAAAGCACCUUUGUUGGUAUAUACGCCCAGAAUUGUCCAGAAUGGAUUAUGACAGAGCAAGCUGCCUAUUGUUAUUCGAUGGUUAUAGUACCGUUAUAUGAUACCUUAGGAGCCAAUGCAUGUGCCUUUAUUAUUAAUCAAACGGAAAUGUCAGUAGUUGUAUGCGAAGACGACAAGAAAGCUAACCUCCUGCUGGACCAGUCGCCGAGGUGUUUGCGCAAACUCGUCACGAUAAAGGAAGUAUCGCCGUCAACUCACCAAAGGGCAAAGAGUCGCGGUGUGGAAAUUGUUAAAUUCAGCGACGUCGAGAUACUGGGAGCGCAGAAAGAUCAUCCUUGUGUUCCACCAAAGCCAGACAAUCUCUGCACAAUCUGCUACACAUCAGGAACGACAGGAAUGCCAAAGGGCGUGAUGCUGACACACGAAAACGUAGUCGCCUCUAUGUGUAGCGUGAUCAUGCAGCUUGGGGAACAUCGACCAAUGAAGAACGACAUCAUGAUAUCCUUUCUGCCUCUAGCACACAUGCUGGAGCGGUGUUGUGAGAAUGCCCUGUAUAUGGUGGGUGGGGCUGUCGGAUUUUACAACGGCGACAUUAGAAGACUAGGUGAAGACUUGACAGCCCUUAAACCUACCAUGAUGCCGGCUGUCCCGCGUUUGUUGAACAGACUAUACGAUAAGGCGCAAAGUGAAAUAUCAAACUCGAAGAUCAAGAAAUUGCUCUUUAAUAUGGCGUUGUCUGCCAAAGAAUCUGAACUAAAGAGAGGAAUCAUACGUCACGACUCAAUCUGGGAUAAACUGGUCUUCCGCAAAGUGCGGGAAGGCAUGGGAGGACGGCUACGUAUAAUGGUGGUAGGAUCUGCCCCACUGGCGGGCAACGUGCUCACCUUCGCACGAUGUGCUCUAGGAUGUCUUAUUGUUGAAGGCUACGGUCAGACAGAGUGCACCGCGCCCGUAACUCUGACAGUUCAGGGAGAUCAUGUGCCCGAACACGUCGGGCCUCCCGUCGCUUGUUGUAAAGUGAAGCUAGUGGAUGUCCCGGAAAUGGAGUACUACGCGGCGCAGGGGCAGGGGGAGGUGUGUGUCCAGGGUGCGAACGUGUUCAAGGGAUACUUCAAGGAGCCCGACAAGACCCGACAGGUCAUCGACCAGGAUGGAUGGCAUCAUACGGGCGACGUUGGCAAGUGGCUGCCUAAUGGUACCUUAAAAAUCAUCGAUAGAAGAAAACACAUCUUCAAGCUGUCACAAGGCGAAUACAUAGUUCCUGAAAAAAUAGAAAAUAUCUACAUUAGAAGUCAAUACGUCGAACAAGUUUUCGUGCACGGUGAAUCAUUAAAGUCAUGCGUAGUAGCGGUCGUGGUACCAGAUGUUGAUGUGGUGAAAUGCUGGGCGUUAGAGAACGGAAUAAAAGGCACUUUCUCGGCACUGUGUGAGGACGAACGCGUGAAGUCAGUCAUCCUGGAGGAUAUGCUUCAGUGGGGACGCUCUGCUGGACUUAAGACAUUUGAACAAAUCAAGGACAUUUAUCUUCACCCGGAUCCAUUCUCAGUACAGAAUGGUCUGCUAACUCCGACAAUGAAGGCGAAACGGCCUGAAAUCAGAAAUUACUUCAAGCCCCAGAUCGACGACAUGUACAAAAAACUCGAAUAACAGUAGCAUUCUUUUAAAAUGAUAGCAUAACACGAUUAAUUAUCCGGUACAGUACGACGUCACGUAUAAACAUAAAAUUGUAAUUAUAAUGAAAUAAUAAAGAUUUACGAUAUAACAAAGCCGUUGAUAUAUUGUGUAUAAAGCAAAAUGUUUAAUUAACUACAUUUCUAUUGUAUUAUAUUUUAUUUUUACAUUUGUCCAUCUUCUUUCAUUUGUUAUAGAUCUGCUUUGUCAUCAACAGAUCGAUAGGAAAUUAUAUUGAUAGGUACAAAACGUGUAACGUAAACUCCUAAAUGAUAUUUAAUUAGUCACUCCGUCUAAAGUUCUAUAUUAUCAUGCUAAAGUGAAAACUUUCAUCAUUGUGUAAUUCUGCCCAAAUUGUGUAAUACCUACUUAGCUUAGAGGCCUUUUUUAAGGAAAAAUAUUUAAACAUAACUAUAGAAUUAGUUAGAAUUGGUCACACCGUCAUGUAAUUUUACAAAGGCAAUAAAUAAAGGAACUAAGGUUUUUACAUAGUCAAUUAUUAAACUUUUCAAUUGAUCUUAGGGUGAGGUUUAUCAGUUUUUAUUGGUAAAUUUUAUUAUAUUUAUAUUACCGAUACCAACUUUACUGAUAAUAAUAAGGUAAGCAGUACUACUACUAGGCCAUAAUCUGCUACUACUUAAAAAUCUAGUGGUAGUAGUCGUUUAAAAAUCAAAGUUAGAUCUGCUUUUAAUGCUGGUUUUGUUUAUGGUAUAAUCAUAAAUGUUAUAUAACUAUUAUUAGAUUCACUGGUAGCCAACAGAAAUUUAAAGCCUCCAACACGUAGUGUUAUGGCACGUAAUGCAAAUUUUAGAGCUAAAUUAAAAUAACUUAAAUUUACUUUAGGUUAUUAUCUUAUAUUAAAUAAAUUUUAAUUAAAGAACAUGAUUGAAAUGAUUUGCAAUGAAAUAGACAAUUAUAGUAGCAAAGGUCUUUAUCAUUGAACGUUAAACGUUUUUAAGCAAUAUUUAAUACACGUACUUAUCGAGCAUUAGGUAAAGUUAUUGAAGAUAUGGUUAGCGAAUUUGUAAAUUGACACAUACACGUAUAAAUCAAUAUUUAUAAAUUUAUAUUACGAGCGUAGUUUAGAAAUACUGCAAUUCAUGCAAAUUAAAAUAAUGGAUGAAUAGAAAACAGAAAUGUUACUCUAGGCAAUUAGUGGAUUUCUAUGCCUUUUGUCAUUUUUGUACUUUAAGUACUUGGAGCUCCGAGUAAAUGCUAUUUUAAGUUGUUAAGAGAAAGUGUUUUAGAUUACUUUUCUUUAUUAUUUCCCAUGUGUUGUGCAGAGCUAUAGUAUUUGAGGGUGAAUCUCUUAUAGGUUGUGUGUUUGAGAUUUAUUAAAAUAGGUAUAUUAAAUGAAAAGUUAUCUGUCUGCUGAAGCCUAGCUUGCAUCAGUAAUUAAAGUUAAUUCAUUACGUGGACAAAGAUAAUCAACUAGCGUAACUGAAUUAGAUGAAUGCUCUCUGUUGAGUCUACACUCUACAUUAGUUAAGACGAUCAUUUGAAUAUGAAAGUUCGCUGCCACUUUUCUUAUAGGUUCCUUGAAUUUAAUCCAGUUGACCGUUGCGGUUAAGCUAAGUUUCAUUAGAAUUUAUAUGUAGAAACAGACCAUUCUAGUUUUUGUCAUAUUUCGUCCAGAUUUUUCCGGCGUCUAUAUCAACAUGGUUCUUGUUAUGUAACUGUUUACUAGGCCGUUUGAUAUCUGAAUUAUUUUUAUCUUAAUCUAUAAUACUUUUAUACAGUGUAUCUGGGUGUUUUCUUCGUAUAAAGUCAUGUCGGUUUAUUUUUGCAAAGAAGUAUUCACAAAUAUAACAAUUCCUCUUUUGCCAAUCAAAUUAAAUGAAAUAUUUUUAUAAUUUUCAAUAAUUAGUUGUUUACAUUCAGGUAUAUACAAAGUUGGCUUAAAAUUAUUAAUAUGUGAACCUACAAGUUAGUGGACUUUCGUACAUUAUGAUAGAUUUUCACCGCACUGUCUAGAUUAAAUAAAUUUUGUAUCCUUGUUAAUUAAGACUAUUUCUAAUUCAUUAAGAUGGUUGAUUCUUGCUUUGAGCUAACGGUUUCAAGUUGUUCAAACCAAAAUUUUGUUGUUAUUGGUGCAAGUUGUACUACAAUAAUUUAUUUUUUAAUAAAAUUUCAAAACAUU